AAAAUAAUAGCAUUUAAAACUCUACCAAACGGUCCAAAAUUACAUAGCUCUCACUCCCUCCAACUUCCCACGUUACCGACAAACCGCCGUCGUCUCAUGGUCCCGUCAAAACCACCAGGUUUGCCUCGCCGUAGCGGCGGCGAUACGGUGGUGAGAGUGAUCGUCGCAGUGAAAGCAGAGAAGGUAAUCUCCAAGUCCGGCUUGGCUUGGGCUCUCACCCACGCGGCCCGGCCCGGCGACUGCAUCACCCUCCUCGCUAUCUUCUCUGAAAACAGAGCCGGUGGGAGGAGAUUUUGGGGAUUUCCUAGGUUGAAAGGGGAUUGCCGGAGCUGUGACCCGUCCGAGUUACCGGGUCGGAUUCGUCAGAUCUCGGAGUCCUGUUCUCAGAUGGUUCUUCAACUUCACGAUCAAAUUCAGGUCAGAGUGAGAAUUAAGGUUGUAUCAGUUAUCACUGCUGGUGCCGUCGCAGCUGAAACGAGGAGUAGCUCAGCCAGCUGGGUCAUAUUGGACAAGAAACUAAAGGGAGAGCUAAAGCAUUGCAUGGAUGAACUGAACUGCAAUAUCGUAGCCAUGAAGGGUUCACACGCAAAAGUCCUUCGACUCAACCUAGCAUGCCCUAGUGCUAUCCAAACGCCCUUUUACUCUGCUGCUUCUUCGCCUAUUAAGGAUAAAGAGACCUACAAUAUGAAGCAUACCACCCCUGUUAGCAGCCCCGAGGAUCCAAAUACUUCCUACACAAGAACCUCUGGAGAUAAUUCCUUAUCAAGUCCCGACACGGGAUCUUCUAGUUACGUCGUGUACGAACAAAACCCUCUUUACGACGGAUUAAAUAAACGUAAGAAUCCACCUAGUAGGCAGAAUACCUUUGAUGGUGUAGAUUAUGUACUGAACGCUAGCAUUCGUGAGGCUGUCUCUCUAAAGAAAACAUCUUCGAUUUCACCUCCGCUAUGUUCGCUCUGUCAAUUCGAGGCUCCGGCAUUUGGGAAACCCCCGAAGCAGUUUCAGUACACGGAGCUCGAGGAAGCUACAGAUGGUUUUUCGGACACGAAUUUUGUUGCAGAAGGUGGGUUCGGUUUGGUUCACAGAGGAGUUCUUAGGAAUGGUUUGGUCAUUUCGGUGAAGGAACUCGGGCUUGUGGGCCCGCAAAGAGAUGCCGAUUUCUGCCGGGAAGUGCGUGUGCUGAGCUGUGCACAGCAUAGAAAUGUCGUGUUGCUGCUCGGUUUUUGCAUCGAGGGGAAGAAGAGAUUGCUUGUCUAUGAAUAUGUGUGCAAUAGCUCCCUGGACUUCCAUUUACAUGGAAACGGAAUGCCGAUAUUGGAUUGGGGGGCACGUUUAAAGAUAGCUAUUGGGACUGCGAGAGGAUUACGGUAUCUUCAUGAAGAUUGCAGAGUUGGAUGUAUAAUUCAUCGAAAUUUGAGGCCAGACAACAUUCUUUUAACUCAUGAUUUUGAACCUCUGGUAGCUGAGUUUGGUCUGGCAAGAUUGGACAAUGAGUGGAAGUUCUAUGAUAAGAACCAAGUCGUUGGAGCUUCAGGGUAUCUUGCACCGGAAUAUUAUAAUGAUGGAAAAAUGACGGAAAAAGUCGACAUAUAUGCAUACGGCCUGGUGCUGUUAGAGCUAAUCACGGGCCGAAGAGCCCGUGAUUUACAAUACUGCACGGAACAUCAAUUCUUGCUGGAUAAUAUAGAUGCAUUAUCUGCAAUUGAACCAAUACAUAUACUUGCUUACAAGCAUCAACUGCUGGACCCACGCUUGGCCUCGUUCGAACCGCAAGGCGGUUUACCUUACGAGCUUCAUGCAAUGGGAUUUGCUGCCUCGUUGUGUCUACAGCAAGAUCCUGACCUCAGACCACCCAUGUCAAAGGUUGUUAAAAUGCUGGAAGGGGUAAGUACAGCUAGUCUCGACUUGGAUUCGUUUGGGUGUAGAAGUGGGCGCAUUGAGGGACUCAAUUCGAAUGCACUAGAGUCGAAGAGGAGGCACUCUCGAAGGCUUUCAUACUGAAGAAAAAAUCGAAUUUUUCAGUUACGGUAUCGAAAUUAUUAAAAUGAUUGUUUCGAUUAUUAGCCGUAUGUACAAAGAAAUUGUGCAACAUCUAUUGCUUGAACACAUAUUUAUUUUAAUUGAACAUUUUGUAAUCUGACUAUAUUGUGAGUAGGGUUAGGUAUUGGUGAGUUUGAGAUUAUGUAGUUAUUUUUGAAUGAUGACUACAGGUUGUUGUAAUUACAAGAAUACCACCAGCUACAGUGUGCAAAUAAUUAUUUUUUUUAAAGACCAAGUCUUAUGGUCAUGCUAAUUGUA